AUGCUCGCCACGCUGCACUGUGCUUCCUUGCCGCCUGCAACUCGUGUCGUCCGUGCUGGACCCAUCUUUCGAGGACACAUUCCUGUAUCCUCCUAUCUCCUCCUGUAUCUUCCUGUAUUCUGUAAGCAGAAUGCCACAAGGAAGAUCAGGCUGCUAAGACUUCCAUGCACACUGAACCUGCAGCUGAUACGUUUAAUGUCUGAUAGACAAACCUGCCAAAGGAAAAAGCUGAACACCUACAUUGGCUUCCCUGAGCUGCUCGACAUGAAGCCUUUUAUGGAACAAAAAAGUGGUGCUUAUUUAUAUGAACUGAGUGCUAUUCUCAUACACCAAGGUAUGAGUGCAUACUCAGGGCACUACAUUGCCCAUGUGAAGGACCCACAGACAGGAGAGUGGUACAGAUUCAAUGACGAAGACACUGAGAAGAUGGAGGGCAAGAAACUGCAGCUGGGGAUGGAGGAAGAUCUAGCAAAGCCUUCAAAAUCUCAGACCCGUAAACCUAAAUGUGGGAAAAGGAUGCACUGCUCAUGCAACGCUUACAUGCUGGUGUACAGGCAGCAGCUCAAGGAGAGUCCACCGACGGUGGAAGUGUCAGAUUUCCUGCAGGAGCUGGUGGAACGUGACAACUGCAAGUUUGAGGAGUGGUGCAACGAAAUGGCCGAGAUGCGCAAACAGAGCGUGGCCAGGGGCAAAAUCAAGCACGAAGAGGUGAAGGACCUCUACCAGAGGUUACCUGCUGAAGCUGGUUCCCCGUACGACUUCAUCUCUCUGGAAUGGCUGCAGAAGUGGCUGGAUAAGUCCACCCCUCCCAAACCCAUAGACAACACCGCCUGCCUGUGCUCGCACAGGAAGCUGCAUCCUGACAAGAUAUGCAUCGUGAAGAGGAUAUCUGAGUACGCGGCUGACUUCUUCUAUAGGAAAUACGGCGGGGGACCCAGGCUGAACGCACUUUGCAAGGACUGUGUGGUAGAAAGGUGUCGAAUCCUGCGUCUGAAAAACCAGCUCAAUGAAGACCACAAAACCGUCACCAACUUGCUGAAGAUAACAGUCAAAGGGAGCGAUGGGUUUUGGGUUGGAAAGGCGUCCUUGCGGAGCUGGCGUCAGUUGGCUCUGAAGCAAUUAAAUGAGCAAGACGAAGAUGCAGAGCACAGCAGUGGAAAGCUGAGUGGAAAUGCACCAAACAAAGAUGGGGGUCUGGGGAGGGUACUGGAUGGUGCGGGAAUGCAAGUGAUCUUCUCUUCUAUCCCUUCAGUGGUGGGGAAGGACUCUGAGAGGAUCAAAAAGGCCCUCCUCAUCAAUAAAUGAGCUUAGAGGAUGGUGCAGGCAGAAGAACUUUGGUUUUUUUCAUCAUGGGGCAAUUUACUCGGCUCCUGGCAUGACAGCUGCAGAUGGAGCUCAAUUGUCUACAAGGGGUAAAAGGAUCCUAGCCCAGGAGCUGGCAGGCCUCGUUGAAAGAUCUUUAAACUAGGUAAGAAGGGGGAAGGGGACAAAAUGAGGACUGCUGAGGUUCAGGUAGUUCAAGGCUCAAAAGUGAACUUGAUGGGUGACGAGGGUGGAGUUUGAAGGGAUGGAGUGUGGCAGGGGAAUGCUGCCUCCCUGAAGUGUCUAUACACUAAUGCGCGCAGUAUGGGAAAUAAACAGGAAGAGUUAGAGAUCUGCAUGCGGUCACAUGGCUAUGAUCUCACUGCGAACACAGAGACGUGGUGGGACAGCUCACAUGACUGGAAUGUUGUCAUGGAGGGCUAUGUGCUUUUUAGGAAAGAUCAGCCGGCGAGGCGGGGUGGUGGAGUUGCUCUUUAUGUAAGAGAGCAGCUUGAAUGUAUUGAACUCCACCUGGGGGAGAGUGGUGUAGCAGUGGAGAGCUUGUGGGUAAGAAUCAAGGGGCGGGCUGGUAUGGCUGACACCGUUGUGGGUGUGUGCUACAGGCCCCCUGAUCAGGAGGAGGAGGUUGAUGAGGCCUUCCACAAACAGUUGGAAGCAGCGUCACGAUCCCAGGCGCUGGUGCUUAUGGGGGACUUCAAUCAUCCAGAUAUUUGCUGGAAAAGCAAUGUGGCCAGGCAUGCACGGUCCAGACGGUUCCUGCAAUGUGUUGAAGACAACUUCCUGAUGCAGGUGGUUGAGGAAUCGACGAGGAGAGGGGUACUGCUGGACCUUAUUCUCACUAAUAGA